AAAGAAGAGUUAUCGUUCUUGAAUCGUGACCCUUCAUCGAAUUCCCACUUUGGUAAAAAUAAACACAUAUUAAGGAAAAGGGUAAAAUCGAUUUAAUGGAUCACCGCACUUAAAUGGUAUUUAAAUUAUCGAUUGGCAGUCAGAUCGGCAACGGGCGGAACAAGAUACCGCGUAACAUUUAGUCCGGCGCUCUUUUAAUUCUGUCACCCAGUCAAACUCGACAAAUAAAUUAGUUUUGAAUAUCAACUGAAAUUAAGAAUUGGUUUAACACUUCCUUAAAGGAUGUCUAGAUCAACACAAUAUAAAGUGUGGGAUGCUAAACGGAUUGUUCGCAAAGGUGUAGUUGCUAAUGGCUUUACUGAUUUAAUCGAAAAAGCUCGGAAUAAGUUGAAUGUUUCUCCAUCUCAAAAUGUAAGAAUCUGUCUUGAGUGUGAUGGCACAGAAGUAGAUGAUGAGGAAUACUUUAAUCACCUUCCUGAAAAUACUGUCUUUCAGGUAAUUCUGGAUUCAGAAAACUGGACAGCACCUUAUCCUGUUACAUCUUCAUUUGAUAUUCGUUUUGACACUGCAGAUGGACCUUCUGAUACGAAUAUUUCUAACGAAAUUGUUAAUUUGUUGUCUGGAAUUCAUUCAGAUCUUAUUAAAUGUAUAUCCUUUUCAAAUAGUCAGUUAGAGGCAAUACUUCGUCUUGAUAUUGAUACAUUGGCUGAUUAUAUGAAAGAUAAUAAACGAUUUGCAUCUGAAUUCAAAGAAUGCUGCAAACAGAUACUAAGUAAACGUAAAAAACAAGAAGAAAUUUUGCAUCAUCUCAGAACACUAAAUGUCAUUCACAGACUAAGUCCUUAUGUUUGUGCUGGUCCUACUCAAUCAAGUCCAGAAUCUGAAAACUUGUAACUGAAAAUCCUUUCACGAGUUCCUGGAAUACUUUUCAUACAACUCUCAAAUUAUUAUUUUCAUUGCACCACAUUUAUUCAGAGCAAAAAAUACCAAAACUGUACUUGUAGUUUCAAUCAUAAUUUUAUUUUUUCUACUUCUUUUUUCACUUGACAAAUUUUUGUAAUGAUUGAAUGUUUUCUUCAGAACAGAUUCAAAGAGAAAUGAAUCAGAUCCAAAUAAUACUAAAAA